AUGGAGAGAAGAUCACAUUCGGCUGAAAGAGAAGAGGAAGAUGAUCUGUUCCCAGUAUACUCGGAAAGGUCACAGCAAGACAUGUCAGCCAUGGUCUCUGCCCUCACACAAGUCAUAGGUGGCUCCAACAACGAUUCUCUUCACCUUGAAGACCUUUUAACUUCUUCCCACAACACCUCAUCCCAGAAUAGUAAUGAACAAUCUCAAUUGCCACAACAAGAUCAAGUCCCAAGUAAAAUUCUGAAUUGUGAAGGGAGUGGAAGAAGAAGACACUAUAGAGGAGUGAGGCAGCGUCCAUGGGGAAAAUGGGCUGCAGAGAUUCGUGAUCCGAAGAAGGCAGCGAGGGUGUGGCUUGGAACUUUCGAAACUGCAGAAGCUGCAGCUCUUGCUUACGAUGAAGCUGCUCUCAGAUUCAAAGGAAGCAAAGCCAAGCUCAAUUUCCCUGAGAGGGUUCAAGGAACUGGCGAAUUUGGUUAUCUCACAAAUCAACACCUCUCAUCAACCAGCACCAGCAGUGACCAAGCUUCCAACCCUGUUGCUCCACACAUCACUCAAGAAACAUAUUCACCAAGUCACUAUCACUAUCCACAACAGAUCAUUGAUGGUGGUGGAAGUAACAGCUUCAAUAAUCAAGACAUGCUUCGUUUCUAUGGGGGAGACAUGUUUGUUUCUUCUCAGCCAGCUGCAUCUUCGUCUUCUUCCACUGCUCUCUCUCAGCAGCAAGAAGAGUUUCUGAGAUUUUCGAUGCAGUUCGGAGGCGCUUCUUCUGAGCCUCCUAGGAAUUGGAGGGGUGAUGGAUACUGA